GGAGCACACCGACGUCACUUCCGUUUGAUGACCCUGCGGGGAGUCGGAGGCCUUUUCGUUUCAGAUUAAGUUGGCUAUCUAAACCCAGAGCAUAGUUGUUGGAUGAUGUUAUGCAAUGCCUUUGCCUCUAAGGCCUGUGUUAGCUUCUGAAGUGUGAUGGCCCAAGCUGAACAAGAGCUUGCUGUUGAAAUCAAGCAGGAACCCGCCUGGCAAGAAUACGGAUCUAAUCAAGGAGGAUUGGAUGGGAGUUCUCCUAAGUCACCUGAUUCUCAAGGCACGGAAAACAUAGAGAUGGGAGACCUCGAUAACGAAUCAGCAACGGUGGAGGAUCUUGGUGAGGAAUGGUGCGAGGACGAGGCCAGUAAUCUCUGUGACCCGCUCGCUCACAUGACCUCCGAUGUCCUGGGGUCGCCCGAAUCAUCGGAUGGUGGAGAUGGAGGGAACUACGGCACAAAGAGAACUUCAGUUGAUGAUGGACAAGCAGUCGCAACCAAGAAAGCUCGGAGGCGAAAACCUCGUCAAACCACCAAAGGAAAAUUGGACAAGAAUGCUGAUAUAGUAGUUACAGAAGGGAACUUAAUAGGAAAAGGAUCUGGCAAUGAGAGUGGGUUGACUAUGGAAUCGAACGAUCCUCCUUUGAAACUGUAUACAAUGGAGCUUUGUAAGAUCUGCAAGAAGACGUUGUACAUCGCCCACGAAACUGAUGAGGACGGAAACCCGAAGUCACCGCUGUGUGAUGGCUGCAAGAUGCAGGAAAGCGCCGAAGACAGUGGUGAGGUUUUCACUUGUGAUGUUUGUUCGCAGAGUUUUGCACACUUUCGGGAACUUGGAGCACACAUGCGAACGCACGCCAGCGGUAAGACCCACCAGUGUGAUGAGUGUUUGAAGUGUUAUUCCGACCGCUCUGGUUUGCUACGUCAUAAGAAGAUUCAUUCUGGGGUUAAACCGCAUCAGUGUGAAAUCUGCUCCAAAAGCUUCACCUUUGCAAACACCCUUAAGGUUCAUAUGAGAACACACAGCAAGGAUAGACCGUUUAGCUGCGAAGUUUGCCACAAGAACUUUGCGCAGAGUGCACAGUUGCAAUCACACAUGAAGAACCAUAGUUCCUACACGCCUUACGGCUGCAAGCUUUGCUCCGAAGCCUUCCCGAAGCUGCACCUCCUCAAGGCUCACCUCCGCAAUAAUCACGGCAACGAAAGGCCGUUCAAGUGUGACCUUUGCGACAAAGCCUUCAACAGGAAAUCCCACCUCAAGUCGCACCUGAAGACGCACAGCACGGAGAGACCGUACAAGUGUGAGAUCUGCGCAAAGACAUUCGUUGAUCAGCGAUACCUCAAUAAGCAUCUCAAAGUCCACACUGGAAUCAAGCCUUACAGGUGCGAAUACUGCGACCACAGGUUCUCCCAGCAGUGCUAUCUGCAGACGCACCUCAUGAUCCACACAGGGACCAAGCCAUACAGCUGCCAUCUCUGCCCCAAGAGCUUCCGACUCCAGGAGCACCUGAAGACUCACCUCCGCGUCCACAGCGGAAGCAAGCCUUUCGAGUGUACGGUGUGCUCAAAGCGCUUCACCCGCAAGGAUUCACUAGGUAUCCAUAUGAGAAUACACACAGGGGACUACCGCUACACAUGCGAGUUCUGCUCCAAGGGAUUCACCGAUCCAAGCAGCUUCAGAGCCCACGUCAGGUCGCACUCCGGCAUUAGGCCAUAUUCUUGCGGGAUCUGCGGGAAGAGCUACACCCAGAACAGCUCCCUUAAGGUCCAUAUGCUGAACCAUACGGAUUUGCAUAAGUUUAUGAAAGUUUCGGUUGGAGAGACUUCUGUGAAUCAGCUUCCUGCCACCUUCCCUGAUACCGCAGGAGAUUCUUUGACGUACAGGGUAGAGGGUGGCAGUUCUGGGCCUUUAGAUUUGCGUGUGAAGCGGACAGCUCAUCACGGGAACUCCCAGGAACAGGAAAGUGUAGCGGAAGAGACAUUACCUAAAGAACACAGGAUUGGAGAGGAUUCGGGGGAGGAUGGGUCUUUACAGGAAGAUCCGUGGAUGGGCGAAGGGCGAUUAGAUGAAGAGGUAGAGGGGGAGGAGGAGGAGGAGCAAUUUAAGGAACAGCUUGAAAGUGAGGAAGAACAGUUCAGGGAACAGCCAGAUGAGGAUGAAUCGAUAGAGGAAGAAUUGUGGGUCGAAGGGAAACCGUUGAAGAAAGAGCCUUUGGAUGAAGAAUAUGAGGUGCCAGAAGACCUCGGGGUGGGGGAAGAGCCUGUAGGGGAGGAAGCAUCAUUACAGGAAGAGCGAGGGUUUGGAGAAGCAUUAGUGAUAAAACAAGAGAGGGAGUCAUCGGAUGAAGAUGGGGAGGGGGAACAAAAUUUAGAAAUGUGGGAAGCGACAUUUGUGGAAGAGUCGGAAGAAGGGGAUGAGCAAUUGCAGGAACAGAGAAAAGUGGUGUUGGAUAAUACAGAAGGGAAAGGAUUAUUAGAGGAAGAGCCAAAAGAGAGAGAAGGAUCAUUUUCGGAACAGCCAUUAGAGAGAAAAGUGGCACUGGAUGAACAUUUUUCAGAGGGGGAAGAGUCAUUAGGAGAAGAGCCAAGGGAGGGGGAAGGAUCAUUUUCUGAACAGCCAUUAGAGAGAAAAGUAGCAUUGGAUGAACAUAUUUCGGAGGGAGAAGAGUCAUUAGGGGAAGAGCCAGGGGAGGGGAAAGAACGAUUACAAGAAGAGCAAGAAGAGGAGGAAUUAGAAGAGGAUUCUACAGCAUGGAUUCCUGUGUAGUAAGAGCCAUCAUUUUUACAAACUAUGAAUUUUGAAAUAAACCCUUUUAAAGUAUAGCUUUGUUUUGUGGGUUUAGUACGUGAUGGAAAUAGAUUUUUUUUAUACCAAUGUGUAGUACAAUAUCUAAGAAAUCGAGUGAGGCUGUUUAAGACUCCAUUAUAGGGGAGAUUGCAUACAUUCAACAAUCUAGUUUAGAUAUUUUGUUUUUUCAAAUUUUUAUUAAUUUUGGGCUCAUAGGAUACUUCAUGAUACUUUACAACUCAAUGCAAUAAUGGGUAGAUUCAUCAAUAAUGAUAAAAAUGAUUGUAAUUGUUUGUAGUUUUAGCUUCUUCUUUUUUAUAAAAGCAUUUAUUAACUGAGAGUAAUAAUUAGAGGAGUUCAAUUUCAUUUUAGAUUACAAGAUAUCACAACUGAAUAGUAUGAAUAAUUAUGUUGAGUUAUGAUAUUGGCCUUGAAGAUUUAUUAUGACCGUCAUGCAUCGAAAUAUUUCUAUCUGAGUGUUAUUUUAGAAUUUUUUUUCUACAACUCAUUUUAAGUCAAUUACAGUGAUCUCACAAAACUGCAAUUUUUUAUAAAUGAUAUUUUCUGAGGGGUUUGAAAAUAGACUGUCAUCAAGUAUUUCGAUUGUGGUCAAGAAAAAAAUCUGAGCAAGAAAUUAUGCAAGAUGUAAAAGUUUCAUGUCAGUAUGGGGGUGUUGCAACAAAACUUGCAAUCAAUCACAAAUUUCAGAAGCAUAUUUACAGGUAAUAGAUCAAUUUGUACUAAAGCGAAUCAAUUUAUACUGUAGUGUAUGUAUUGGUGACACAACAUUUGCUCCGGCUACAUAUGUGCUCCGGGCUUUAUUUCAUCUAAGAAAAAGGAUUAGGAUUGCAAUAGGGUUUUAUGUUAGGUUUAGGGUUAGCUUUAAGAUCGGGUUUAGUGUUAAAUCCUGGGUUGAAGUUGGUCAUUCCGUUGAUGAGUGGAAUUUACAGUGGAGCAAUUGUCGCCAGCGGAAAUGUCAUGGAGCCGUAUGUAUUAUUGUGUAAAAUGAACAAUUAUAGGCAGACUUUAUAAUGUGACUUGAUGAAUGGUGUACUGUAGCUGUGUGAAACUAUUAUUUUAGUCACAUUUGAAUGGAACUGAAUAUGAAUAUGACUAGAUAUAUCGGUUGCCUCCAGCUGACAAAUAAACUAGUCCUUUUAACUGACUAGUUUAUUUUCAAGUGAAGCCCACAAAAUGUAGUAAUUGGGCAAUUUCAUCAAAUAUGUACAUUCGACUCCCUAUAUGUGGGACCUUCAUGAAAUAUUCUGUCUCUGAUUUCUGGUUCUUUUGACAGUCUGUAAUGUUCUCAAAGGACCAUGACUUAGCCAGUUUAUGAAGUGAAGUAAGACUUGAGAAAAAUGGGCGUCAGACGUACAAAAAGGUUGAACAUUUUAUGGAAUUGUCCAAUUAAUAAAGAUUAUGAAGGGUAUUAAAGGUGCUUGAAAUGAAUUAGUAUUCUAACAUGACGAAAUUAAAAAUUAUUUUAACUUUUCUGUCUUAUUGCUGUAUACAUUAAUAAGUUAUUUAUUUGUUAAUUUUGUAUAAACUAUUUUUUUCUGCUGGAAUGUUGAGACUUGUGUUGUGAAGUUCUUAUUAUUUGAAAUAUCACUCCGGUCUUAAUAUCUCAGGGGGCAUAGGGUUAGAGUUAGGAUUGUAAUAUAAUUUUUUGUUCCAGAAUAAUGUAUAUAAAUAAGGAUGAGGGUUUAUUUAGUUUUGGAGGUUAUGUUUUAUGUUUGGCUUAACGUGCAGAUUUUCCACCAGAGCAAUUGUCGCCAUAGCAAAUGUCAUGGAACACUCAUACCAAGACAAGAAACUCUCCCAUCUUGUACAUUUACUUGCUCAGUCAUAAAAGUUAUAUUCUAACAAGUGUGAUUUGAACCCAUAAUCUACUUGCCAGGUAUAGUCAUUACCACUAGGCCGUUCUGGUGCGUGGAACAGUCAGUGCCUCUGCUAUUCUAGUUCAUUUUGACUCAAUUAAAAGGGUCUCGAGAAAAAUAACUCGGUAGAAGUGUUUUACAAUAUUGACGUAUAUCUGUGCUAAUGAUUUAAAACGGGUUUCAUUAGCCAACAUUUUCAUUACCCAAUAAUGUUGGCAUUUAUUUUAUAAACACGAGAGAUCAUGUUGAUAUAAUAUUUGAGUGAGCACACGUUAAAGUUAAGGUAAGGUAAAUGCUAAAAGUUACUGUUAAUAUGGUGUUCAAAAAAGAUGUCUUUUUAGUUUUUGUCAUCAGUGGUACGCUCACUCAGACAUGAUAUGGCAAUCAAUUUUCUUUUUGCACAGAAGUUAUUCAUUAAAUGUAGGAAAACUUAUACAGAGUCAAUUUGGUCAAGCCAUUUUGCUGAAAAGUAUGUCAUUUUGAAUAAGGGAAAUAUAUAUUUUUUUUUUUUCAUUUUUUGGCGUUAUGUUAAGUAAGCAAAUACUUGAAUGAAUUAUCAUUCAAGAUUAUAUCAUGUAAAUCUGUUCGGUAAUUUGACAACUCAUUAUUGUUUUUCAGAUACUGAUUGAAGCAAAAUAGUAAUAAAAAUUAUACAAAAUCAUGUCAUGUAAUAUUUAUUAAAAGUUGUGCAAGUCUUUAUCAGGCUUAAGUUAGUAAUCAUAAUAUAUUUCCAAGAACAUUUAUUAAAUGUGAAAUGUAGAAAAAUCAACGAGGUGCAUUGAUUUAGAAUGCUGAAUUUGAUCAAUUUAUUCAUUGUUAUUUGCACAUUAAAAUAAGCUUAAAACAUUAACACUAUGUUUUAUAUGAGGGAAAAUAAUGUAAAGUUAGAUAAAGCGAUGUAGCCUUUGUAAGCUAUUUAUUUUAUUGUAUUCAGUAAUCUGUACCAUUUUCAGUAUUUUGUUUUCUGACACUAAUUAAUGUUAGACAAAAUUAGCCUUUUUUGUUUACAGUAAAAUGCAGAAAUACAAUGCACUGAUAAAAUGUAUGUGUUGAGGAUUAUGUAUGCAAUACUAAUUUCACUUGUAACUUGUGUGUAACAGUAAAGAUGAAUUACAUGUACGAUUUCUCUUGUAA